AUGGCUCCCUUGUGCCCCAGCCCCUGGCUCCCUCUGCUGAUUCCCGCCCCUGCUUCAGGCCUUACAGUACAAUUGCUGCUGUCACUGCUGCUCCUGGUGCCUGUGCAUCCCCAGAGCACGCUCCAGAUGCAAGGGGAUCCUCCCAUGGGAGGAGGUUCAUCUGGGGAAGAUGACCCACUGGGCGAGGAGGAUUUGUCCAGUGAUGAGAAUCCCCCUGGAGAGGAGGAUACACUUGGAGAGGAGGAUCCACCUGAAGUUAAGCUUGAACCAGGAGAAGACGACUCCCUGAAGUUAGAGGAUUUACCUACUGUUGAGGCUCCUGGAGAUACUCAAGUCCCCCAGAAUAAUGCCCACAAGGACAAAAAAGGGGAUGACCACGGUCAUUGGCGCUAUGGAGGCGACCCGCCGUGGCCCCAGGUGUUCCCAGCCUGCGCGGGCCGCCUUCAGUCCCCGGUAGACAUCCGCCCCGAGCUCGCCGCUGUCUGCCAGGCCCUGCGACCCCUGGAACUCCUGGGCUUCGAGCUCCCGCCACUCCCAGAACUGCGCCUGCGCAACAAUGGCCACACCGUGCAGCUGACUCUACCUCCCGGGCUAGAGAUGGCCCUGGGUCCUGGGCGGGAGUACCGGGCCCUGCAGCUGCAUCUGCACUGGGGCGCUGCGGGUCGCGCGGGCUCAGAGCACACCGUUGACGGCCACCGUUUCCCUGCCGAGAUCCAUGUGGUUCACAUCAGCACCGCAUUUGCCAAAGUUGACGACGCCUUGGGGCGCCCGGGAGGCCUGGCCGUGUUGGCCGCCUUUCUGCAGGAGGGCCCGGAAGAAAACAGUGCCUAUGAGCAGUUGCUGUCGCAUUUGGAAGAAAUCGCCGAGGCAGGCUCAGAGACUUGGGUCCCAGGACUGGACGUAUCUGCACUGCUACCCUCCGACCUCAGCCGCUACUUCCGAUAUGAGGGGUCUCUGACCACACCGCCCUGUGCCCAGGGGGUCAUCUGGACUGUGUUCAACCAGACAGUGAGGCUGAGUGCCAAGCAGCUCCAUACUCUCUCUGGCUCCCUGUGGGGACCCAGUGACUCUCGGCUACAGCUGAACUUCCGAGUGACACAGCCUUUGAAUGGGCGAGUGAUUGAGGCCUCCUUUCCUGCUGGAGUGGACAGCAGUCCUCGGACCAUUGAGCCAGUGCACCUGAAUUCCUGCUUUGCUCCUGGUGACAUCCUGGCCCUGGUUUUUGGCCUCCUCUUUGCUGUCACCAGCAUUGCCCUCCUCGUACAGAUGCGAAGGCAGCACAGAAGUGGGGCCAAAGCGGUUGUUAGCUACCAACCUGCAGAGGUCGCCGAGACUGGCGCCUAG